CAAAGAAAACAAUCCGUUCAGUAAUGCACUGCUUCACUGGAGGGCGCUAGCACAAAGCACCAGGUGGUCUGGAACAACUUGAGAAAGGAGGAGGCCAUUGAAUAGCCUGUUUUAGCUACACAUACCUAGCUAGUGUUAGCUAGCCGGCGGCUAACGCGCAAGCUAAAAUAUCAAUUUAUCUUAAUGACGCCUGUCUUAUCAAGUGAUGGCAAGAGAACAGUGUUCACAGACUGAAGCUGAACUGUAUUACCUCAUUGCCAGAUUUCUGCAGUCUGGGCCUUGUAAAAAAGCAGCACAGAUUCUGGUUGAGGAGCUGGAGGAGUACGAGUUGGUCCCUCAGCGAUGGAGUUGGGACGGGCAGAAAUACAAACGGACCUUUCAAGACUGGGUGAUUUUGAACCAGCACAUUCCUGCAGAUUAUCUGCUUCGUGUUUGUCAGCGGAUAGGCCCGCUAAUAGAGAAGGAGGUACCACCUAGUGUUCCUGGAGUCAAAACACUUUUGGGCCUGGGAAAACAGUCCUUGCUUCGUUCCACAAAAAGUUGCAGCCACAAAGUAUGCAGUGGUUCAGCUGUUGCUGCACUCCACCGAGGACGUCCCCCAGAACCCCCAUUCAGCAAUGGAAAUGCUCCCAGUGUUGUGUCCAUCAUGGGUGCACGUCAGGCCACAGGCACAGCUCGUUUUGGCCAGGUCCUGCCAUCUUCCUCUUACCAACACAUGAAGAUACACAAACGUAUCCUUGGCCACCUUUCCUCAGUCUACUGUGUAGCAUUUGACCGCACUGGUCGUCGGAUAUUUACGGGUUCAGAUGACUGCCUGGUGAAAAUCUGGGCCACAGAUGAUGGCCGGCUCCUGGCAACACUCCGUGGCCACUCAGCAGAGAUCUGUGACAUGGCCGUCAAUCACGAGAAUACUCUGAUUGCUUCGGCCAGCUGUGACAAAGUCAUCAGAGUGUGGUGUUUACGUACCUGUGCACCCAUCACUGUUCUGCAGGCCCAUGCUGCCUCCAUUACAUCCAUACAGUUUUGUCCUGCUGUCAAAGGGACAACACGGUACCUGGCCUCCACAGGUGCAGACGGCAUGGUGUGUUUCUGGAAGUGGCACUCACUCAGCAUGAAAUUCAAUGAUCAACCAGUCAAGUUUGUUGAGCGAUCACGUCCAGGAGUACAGGUCUCCACUUCCUCCUUCAGUAGUGGUGGUAUGUUCAUGGCUACCGGUGGCACUGAUCACAUGAUCAGGGUCUAUUACCUUGGUGCUGAAACUCCCAUGAAAGUCUCUGAGAUUGAUGCUCACACUGAUAAAGUUGUAGUCGUCCAGUUUAGCAAUAACAGUGACAGCCUAAGGUUUGUGAGUGGCAGUCGUGAUGGCACAGCCAGGAUUUGGCAUUACCAGCAACAAGAAUGGAAGAGCGUCACUUUAGACAUGGCUGCCAGGCUUCCUGGGAGUACUGCUGCUAAUGGGGAUGAUAAAACCAAGCUGGUUGUGACCAUGGUGGCCUGGGACCGCGCAGACAGCACGGUCAUCACAGCAGUAUCAAACUACCUGCUCAAAGUGUGGAGCACAACCUCUGGACAGCUGCUGCAUGUUUUAUCUGGUCAUGAUGAUGAGGUGUUUGUGAUGGAGGCUCACCCAUUCGACUCCCGCAUCAUGCUGUCUGCUGGCCAUGAUGGCAACAUUUACAUCUGGGACCUGUCCAAAGGAGCCAAGAUCCGCAACUUCUUCAACAUGAUUGAAGGGCAAGGCCACGGUGCUAUUUUUGACUGCAAGUUCUCAGCUGAUGGGCAGCAUUUUGCCUGCACUGACUCACACGGCCAUUUGCUCAUCUUUGGCUUCGGCUGCAGCAGACCAUAUGAGAAGAUUCCUGACCAGAUGUUCUUUCACACGGACUACCGACCUCUUAUUCGGGACUCUAAUAACUACGUCCUGGAUGAGCAGACACAGCAGGCUCCUCACCUAAUGCCUCCACCCUUCCUGGUGGAUGUUGAUGGGAAUCCUCACCCUCCUAACUACCAGCGCCUGGUGCCAGGAAGAGAGAAGUGCAAGGAGGAUCAGCUAAUACCUCAGCUAGGAUACAUGGCUAACAGUGACGGAGAGUUGGUUGAGCAGGUACUUGGCCAGCAAACGGCAGAAAAUGGAGAAAGCCUAUUGGACAAUCUCAUCAGACAGUUACAGAACGAGCAGGAUGAGCGCCAGAAUGCAGAACAGCAGGACGAAGAGGCAGAGGCGGAUGAUGCAGCAGAGGUGGUGGCCUCCUCUCCAACUGUUGAACCACGCAGAAGUGGGCAGGUGGGCGGGCUGUGGCAGAUGCAGCAUAACGGCCUACGCAGUCAAGUGGCUACUGAGAGGGACCUGCUGGCCUGGAGCCGCAGGGUGGUGGUCACUGAAGUGCCACAAGGGAUCUUCAGAGUUUUCGAGGAGUGCAGACAAGCCAAAGGCGACAUAGAAUGUUCUCUAUACAAUGCAGAGAGGAGGAAGAAACCGGUAACCUGCGCACUUAAGAAUGAUCCACUGACCUCCCGCCUUCGAUCGCUACGGCCGACCAAGAAAAAGCAGCAGCGGCACGCCUAUCAGACCCGCUCAGCUCAAGUACGCCGUCCUGGCAGCAGGAGUCGAAAUUCCAGCACCCGACGUAACUCUGACAGCCAAAUAGACUCUGAUAGUGAUGGAGAUGCAGCAGAACAGGUGGAGCAAAGCGAUGCCUCCGAUGGUGAAGCUCAGUGGCAGAGUGAAAGUAGCUCCAGUGACUCUUCCAGUGAGUAUUCUGAUUGGACAGCCGAUGCUGGGAUCAACCUCCAGCCGCCAAAGCGACCAACCAGGAGGCCUGUACAGCCCGCAGGUUACAGCAGCUCUGAGGAGGAAGAAGGUGAUGACAAGGCAAAGGAGGCCAAGAAGAGGGAAAAUGAGAAGAAGAAGAAGCCCAAGGAGACCAAACAGAAGCCCUCCUCUCUGGCUGGACUUGAUGCAGAAGAGUGGCUGCCACCAUCAUGGAUCAUGGAGACCAUUCCACACCGCUCUCCUUUUGUUCCACAGAUGGGAGAUGAGCUCAUCUACUUCAAACAGGGGCAUCAGGCCUACGUCCGGGCUGUCCGCAGGGCAAAGGCCUACAGCAUCAACCCUCAGAAACAGCCGUGGAACAGACUGAAUCUCAGGGACCAGGAAUCUGUAAAGGUGGUUGGUAUCAAGUAUGAAGUGGGGCCUCCCACCCUCUGCUGCCUAAAACUGUCUUUCUUGGACCCAGUCUCAGGGAAGAUGACCAAUGAGUCUUUCUCUUUAAAGUACCAUGACAUGCCUGAUGUCAUAGAUUUUCUGGUAUUGCAGCAGUUUUAUAACGAAGCUAAAGAGCACAACUGGCAACCAGGUAUGAGGUUCCGUAGCAUCAUUGACGAUGCCUGGUGGUUUGGCUCAGUGGAAGACCAGGAGCCUCUGCAGCCAGAGUAUCCAGAUAGCCCGUUUCAGUGCUAUGCAGUAAAGUGGGAUAAUGGUGAGCGGGAGAAGAUGAGUCCCUGGGACAUGGAGCCUAUUCCUGAGGGAGCUGCGUUGCCAGAACAGGUUGGUGAUGGGGUUGAGGUGGCAGAGGAGGAGCUAAAGGCUCUGCUCUACACCCCUCAGGAAGGAGAAUGGGGGGCUCACACACGGGAUGAAGACUGUCAAAGAGUCAUCCAUGGCAUUGAGCAGCUUCUUACACUGGAUGUAGCCAAGGCAUUUGCAUCACCUGUAAAUCUACAGGACUACCCUCUGUACUGCACUGUGGUGGCUUACCCCACUGACCUUAGCACUAUCCGCAAACGACUGGAGAACCGCUUCUACAGGCGAAUCUCUGCAUUAAUGUGGGAGGUGCGUUACAUUGAACACAAUGCCCGCACUUUCAACGAACCCCAGAGCCCCAUUGUAGCAGCUGCCAAGGUGGUGACUGACGUUCUCCUGCACUACAUCGGGGACCAGAGCUGCACAGACAUCUUGGAUCUGUAUCACAGACUGAGGUGUGAGAUCAGCAGUGGAGGAGAAGCUGAGGAGUUGGACGUCGACUCUGACACACCAGGAACAUCUACGGGACAUCGGGGAGCCAACCUGAAUUCUAAGAAGCGCGGUGUGGUUUUGGAUGUGAAAGCAUGGAGAAGUCAAUGUCGUGAGCUGCUGCGUCGAAUGAUAGUCUCCUCUGAUUCAGAACCGUUCAGACAGCCUGUGGAUCUCUUUGAGUAUCCGGACUACCGGGACAUCAUUGACACUCCCAUGGAUCUGGGUACAGUGUCAGAGACGCUGGUUGCAGGGAAUUAUGAAAACCCGAUGGAGUUUGCCAAAGACAUCCGCCUUAUUUUCAGCAACUCUAAAGCAUACACACCUAACAAGAAAUCGCAGAUCUAUACCAUGACCCUCAGCUUGUCGGCUUUCUUUGAGAAACACAUCAUCUCCAUCAUCUCUGACUAUAAGUCUGCCCUUCAGAAUGAACGGCGGGCUCGUCAGAGGCUCAGUUACAGGAACAGAUUGCACAACGGAGGCAGUUCCCCACCUGUUAGUCCAUCCCCAAGUCCUAAAGGGAAGCACAAGUCAGGGAAGGUGUCAAAGCCAAAAAAAUCCCAGACCUCAACGAAGAAUCGUUCUCAGAGACCAUAUCAGGCUCAACAAAGCAGUAGUGUAGCAAAGGAAGAGGACACCCAACCUUCUUCCCCAAGUUCAGGGACAAGCAGCGAGGGCAGAAACCAAGGGCCGCAUCGGGUGACCCGCAGCCAAUCAACUCCAGUGAAGAAGUCAGGGCACCAGCUUAAUUUGCAUCUGAGCAAUGGCUCCAGACAGCGCCCUGGGCAAGAAGCAUUGCAGUCUGACAAUGAUGAGGAGGCAUCUGUAUCCAACAGCUCCUUGUCAGGGUCAUCCUCCACCUCAUCGUCAUCCUCUUCUUCGUCAUCAUCAGACAGCGAGAACAGCUCUGAUUCUGAGGGGGAGAAGUACGUGGAAGGGGGAGAUCAUGACUACAGCAAAGCUCCCUGCCUGUCAGUACACCUGUCAGCUAAAGGUAAGGUGGCGGCCUCAGGAAAAAGGAGACACAAAGGAGGAGAGGACAUGGCACAGAGACCUAAAAGAGCACGAGUGCAGCCACCAGUAGAGGAGGAGGAGGAGGAGGAGGAGGAGGAGGAUGAAGAGGAGGAAGAUGAGGAAAUGGAUGAAGAAGAAGAAGAAGAAGAGGAGGAGCAGGAACAGCAGCAACAGGUAGAUGUAAGACAUGAAGAGGAGGAGGAGGAAGAGGAGGAACCCGAGGAGGAGGAGGAACCCGAGGAGGAGGAGGAACCUGAGGAGGAGGAGGAGGAGGAGGAGGAGGAUGAUGAGGACAACUCUGAUGAAGUACAGAGUGGGGCUGCAGCGGCGACAGCUGCAGCAGCCAGCAAUCCGAGAGGCAACCAGUGCAAGUCUCGGCGAGUCAACACACGCAACCAGGGCCGCAGGACAGUUCUGUACAGGGACGACUCAGAGGAUGAUGGCCAUGGGUCGAAAGAAGACCCCCUCAACCUGGGCAUGUCCCGCUCAGGACGGGUACGGCGUAUGACUGAGAAAGCCCGUGUCAGCCACCUCAUGGGCUGGAGUCACUGACACGUCGCCCCUUUUCAAACCUCAAUACAAAACAUGAGUUAUACUUCAGGGAUUUUUUUCUUUCUUUUUGUACAAGUGUGUAUAAUAUAUAUAUAUAUAUAUAUAUAUAUGUAUAUAUAUGUAUAUAUACAUAUAUAUAUAUAUAUAUAUAUAUAUAUAUAUAUAUAUAUAUGUAUGUAUGUGGUGAUUUCCUUUUAUCUGAGACUGCUUAUGACUCUCAAACUGAUGGCUGGUGCUCAUGACAUGUUGCCAAGGAGUUUUCAUCCCUGGUGGACAGAGCUACUGUUCAACACAGACCCUCUCCAACUAGACUAACUCACCUCGGCCUUACUGCUCGCUGGAGGAGACUUGAAGACAUGGCACUGCUCUUCUCCUCCUUGUCCUGUGUGUUUCAUGUCCAGUACUAAAACACUAUAUCUACUCCUCUUCAUCCCUCCGACAACUUUUCUUACUCUUAGUCACCAAAGAAGGAUGUGGAGAUGCCAAAAAAUGGUGCUCAUAUUUUUAUUUCUUUGUUGUUGUUUUUUUUUUCAUUUUUCUCAACAAGUAAUUCAGCAAAACUCUCGAGUUCACUCUCAACUACAGUGAGAGACAUACAGUAUCACUCAAGGUCACUGAUGUCAACAUUUUUAGUACUUGGUCUUCACAACCACAUGCCUUAGUUUUCAGAGCUCACAUCAUUCAGAUUUUGUUCUAUCUGUGGCUGGAAACAAGACCAGUUUAGUAUGGGGACAAGCAAUACUUGGGAAUCAGUGACUUUGGUCAGUAGAAUACAGUACCAUAGUGAUAUCCCUCUUAACGGCCUUGGCCUGUGAAUGUUUAAUGUUUUCCCUGCUUCCUUUUAAUGGUCUUGACUGUUUUUUGGCUCUUCGACUCUUGGAUUUAGUUAGAAUUGGGUGCUUUUUUUUUUAAGUGAUUUUUCUUUUCUUUCUUGGGUAAAAAUAGCCACUGCGUCCUUUGUAUUUGUACUGGUUAUGCUCCCUGCUGGAUCAGACCGGCAUCCAUUCAUGGUUGCUUCCAUAGCACCUUCUUCACCCAGCAUGUGCAAAAGCAGAAAGGGUCCCUUUGCAACUUGCUUCCACAGAAAUAUUUAUUUUUCCAUUGUAUUAUAUUCGGGUUACUUUAACUAUUUCGUACAUUAAUAGUGAUGAGGAAAAGGAAAUAUUUGCACAUGUAUCUACUCCACGUGGCAGCUUAGUAAUAAAAAUAUUAGAGAAUGAAAUGAGAUAAAACCUCAUGAUUUUUGUGUAAGAAUGCUUUGAACUGUGCCAGCACACUCAAUUUUUUUGUAAGUUUCAUCAACUAAAACAGGAUCUAACUUGGAAACUCUUCAACCUGUGUGUUACGAUGCUGAAGGUCUCAUCUGAGUGGAAUUCUCAGUCUUGUUCUCUAUGGCCUAAAGCACAGGGAGCAACCACAGAUCAGCCCCUUGUGAGUGUGUUGUGCCAUUUUUUUUUUCUUCCCUUGUUUCCAACCAUCAAUAGACUGAUGUAUUUCUAACUUUGGGUGGAUCAACUGCACACAUAAUGGCUUUUUCCAUGGUAUUACACAAUCAGGUGUCUAGUUGGUGUCAGAAUCACUGUCUAGUUUUUCUGCCUAGUUUUAUAAUCAUGAUUGCUGACUGAUCAGUUCAUGUCUCUGAAAUCUCCUAGUGGAAUUACAUCAAAACGGCUGCAUCUCGUUUUGUUGCACCAAUAAUGUUUACUUUAAAGCUUUUGCAGUUGUUGGUUGGUAAAUCAUUUGAGGAAAGACCAGAAAAGCUGAGUCACAAAUUCUCAUUCAACACUGGGCGCUCUAAUCCAAACACACCACCUCACCACUCUGCCUCUGUGUGGUCACUGAUGGGGGAAAGAGAAAGAGGUUCGGCUUUCUGGGAAGCUGAAGAGUUUGAUUGGUGUCAGGUGCUCAAAUAUAACACACAAAUCAGCACCCAGGGAAAUGAUUCUGGUUGAGUGUGAGAAGACUAUGAUUUACAUUUUGGGAUCUUAUUUUCAUAUAGUAGAUGGCUCUUAGUCUUGCCUCGAAGCAUCAGAGUAGUUGAUGACAAAUACAACAGUAACAUUCUACUGUAGGUGGAAUAAGCUUACGUGACCGUCUUUUAUACACCAUGUUUUGAUUGUAUGUGUUUUUUUUAAUAAAAAAAUAAAAUUUCUCUUAAAAGUA